UUUGUGUGUUCGAGAAUUUGUGUUUUUUUCCUUUUGUUGUUGAAAAAUUUGUUCUUAUUGUGUUUUAAUAUAUUUGUAAAUUAUGAAAUAAUAUUGUUUAAUAUUUGUAUAAAUUUGUUUCUGUUUUGAAAUACCUGUAAUAAGUUACAAGUCACUAGCAUAAAUAAGAAAAUACAAAGUUUACAACUUCCUGUGACACGAAAACAACGAAUAUAAAAAAGAAAGAAAUACGACGUGACAAAAAAAGUAUUUUUUUUUGGGUGGAGAUUAACGAAUUAAAGGCGAAAAUAUUCUAAUAAUUUUUGAAAGAAUACAAAGUUUUUAUAUAUUUUUGUAAAUAAAAAGCCAUAAAAACCGACAAAAUUGAUUUAAAAUUGUGGAAACAUACUAAAAUUGAUAUGAACAAAGAAAUCUACUAUGAGGGCUGGUUGAUCAAAUCACCGCCCACGAAGCGUAUAUGGCGUGCUGAAAUAUAGUGAAAAAAAACUUUUUACCUCGUGCUGCCACCAACAUUAGCAAAGCAUAUGGCUAGUAAAAAUAUAAAUGGGUUGGUUGGUUGGUCGGUCAGACAGUCAUGUCAAUAAGUGAUAUGAUGACGUUGUUGUGGUGGUGGUGGUGAUGGUGCCGGUGGUGAAUGGAUGAUGUUUCUGUAGUAUAUUAUUUUGCACGUUGGCGUAGACGUUGGUUUACUUUGAAACAAGGCGAGAUACCCGAACAGUUUUGCCUUGAAUACUAUGCCGACCGUAAGUGUCGCAAAUUGAAAGGUGUCAUCGAUUUGGAUCAAUGUGAACAAGUCGAUUGUGGUUUGCGUUUGGAAAAUCGCAAACAAAAAUUUCAAUUUAUGUUUGAUAUUAAAACACCAAAACGUACAUAUUAUUUGGCAGCGGAUACGGAAACGGAUAUGCGUGAUUGGGUUAAUUGUAUAUGUCAGGUGUGUCAUUUGCAUGAUACUAAACAAUCACAAGAUGAUAAUCGUAACCAAAACAAUGCUGCUACCACACACACCAAUUCAUCAAAUGAUACCACUACCACAACCAUUAAUUCGUCGAGUGGCACCAAUGCAAGUAAUACUCGUCAGAGUUUUAACAAUGACAUUCUUAGAAGGCCUUUAAAUGUUGUAGAACAACAACCACUGACAGCAGCCACUACAAGUGCAAAUUUAACAAACGCUUCUUCGUCCACAUCAUCGACAUCAUAUCAGCAUAGUAAUGAUAGUGCCUAUGUUAAUACAGAGUAUACUAAUCGCGAGACAUUAUUGUGUGAUGCACAAUUUGAAAAACAACAAUUGGUUAAUGUGGCUGCUAAUGCUCAGCAUACAGCACCAUCGAAUACAUCAUCGGCAGCUUUGUACUUGAAUGCGGCUGCAUUUCAGGAUACUUCACGUUUAUCAGUCAGUUCAAAUGGUGUUGUACGUAAGAUACCGGAAAAUUUAGUUUUAAACAAUACACCACUACCAGAAUCUCAACAGCACAGCGUACAACCAUCACCGGCUUUAAGUACAGCAUCAGGACCUUAUAUACCCAUUAGCGAAUGUUAUUCGGGUAGUCCGAAAUUUAUGUUGGAUAAUGAAAAUCCUUCAACUCCUUUAAAUAAUUUGGAUCCAAAGUUUUAUGACACACCUAGAAGUCAUAAUAAUAUUGGUUUAAAUUUAACCAAUGAUCAAUCGUACUCUCCCAAAAUUACAAAUUGUGGAACGGUGCAACAACCUAUUAAUGUUUCAAAAAAUCGUAGCCAAAAGUCCGAUUCAGAUUCUGAAAGUGUUUUUACCGAUGACGACGAAUGGGCACAUCCUAUGCCCUUAAGAGAAAAUAUGGAUCGUAAUACAAGACCUUCCGAUAGUUCGGUGGAAAAUGAAUCUUUUGUUUUGACUUAUUCACAACGUUUUUCCAAACUACCUGACGAUGUCAAAAAAGAGCAGCAAGGCAUGACAACACAAAAUUCCAAUGAUUGUUUGGAGAAACUGGCAAAAGUAUUAAAAAAUAAAAACAAUUUAAUUUUGGACUUUAAGGAAAAUGAAAAAUUAACACGAGAUUUGCCACAAUUUUCCGAUACGGAAAAUACUUCACCUGCUAUAAUAGGACCGCGUGAUGCCAGAUCUGUAGUUGAAGAAAGCUAUGACAUACCACGUUCACAUCAACUACCCUACUAUAAUAUGGCCCAUUUGCUGGAAAAAGUUACAAGUCCAGAGGCCAAUCCUAUAGCAGCUUCUACACCCAAUUUAAUGGCGGGCCUAGAUACUAUGCCAGGAUCACCAUCAUCUGUGAUUUCAGUGGCUCAUUCUCUAGGACCACAAUCGUCAACGAAUAUGCGCACAUUACCGCGACCACAUUGUUAUACAAAUGCAGCACCCAGUAAAAUUGAGGGUAAUGUAUUUCGUUAUGAUUUCAUCGAACAAACAAAUUUGCCACCAGUCAACCGCAAAUUAAAACCAAAAUUAAGUAUUGAAGCUGAUAAGCCACCCGAGGAGUUACCAGCUAAACCACCACAGUUGGCUGUGCAGCAAGUGGACAAUUUGGCAAAUCGUUUGCAUAACACACAAAUACAAGCACCAGCUGGUCUGGUUGGUACUGAAAAUAUACCACUGAAACCACCUUCAGUGGAUCGUAAAAAUAAACCAAAUGCUUAUAAGAUUGGCAAUUCAAAUACAUUGGGUAAUAAUACACGACGUACCACAGGUGCUCCACUCUCAAUGGUGCUACCAAACGAUGCUGAAACAUCAAACACUUCAUAUCUAAUGGAAACUAGAACAUUACCACGACAACCCAGACCAAAUUAUGCAUUUAAUACAUCAAAUGCUUCACUAUGUAAUACACCAACUGCUGUAAAUGCUCCACCUACAGUAUUUAGCAUACAACAUCAGCGUACCGCUUCGGCUAAUGCAGCUAUGCAACAAUUAUCUAAUGCAACUAACGCAAUACCUCCGCAAAUACAACCACCACCUAAAAAUGAACAUAAACUACAAUAUUUCGAUUUAGAUGUGGCAAAUGCUCCGGCCAUUAAUCGUCAAAGUAUGAGUGUGGGUAAUUUGAAUAAUCCUGGCGUUGGACGUUUGGGUUUAGCUGCUGAUCCCUCAGCCAGGGCUCCAGUACAAAGUACUGUAGUUUAUAAUUCAGUAGACUUUGUUAAAACGGAGGCCUUUAAACGAAUACGUGAAGAAAGAAAAAAAGAAAAUGAAGGCGUUAACGCUAAUAAAUAAUAUAUUUAAUAGAACUAAUAUCAUGAUUAUAUAUAUAUAUCAGAAAUAUCUUGGCAUAAUAGUUAAAAGAGAUUCCAUUGUAUUUAGUUAUAGUAUAGUUUUAAUAGUUUGUAUUUGUGUGCUUUUAAGCAUUUAUUUUAUGAAUGUAAUUUAAUAACAUUUUUUAUAAGCUUUAGCUUUUUUUACUAAAAGAAAAAAAACUUUUGUUUGAAUGUGCUAAAACUUAAAAAUAUUUAAGUUUAUUUAUUUGAAUAUCUAGGUUUUAAUUUUAUGGAAAACUUUAAACACAACAUUAAAAUUUUGUAUUUUCAUUACAAUUUAUUAUAAACAUUCAAAAUAACGCACAGUGCUGAUAAUUAGCAAAACAAAAACAAAAUUUUUAUAAUUAUUAAGAGCAAUAGUAAUAUUUUUUGUCAUUUGUCAUGACAAAUAUCUUUUCAAUUUUAAUAUUGAAUGGAAAAAAGGAACAUUUUUGUAUCAAAACAAUAAUCAAAGUAUUUAAAUAAUGCUUUGCAUUUUUUUUUUAUAAUUUUCAUAUUUUUAGAAAACAAAAUAUUUCUGCACCUUAUACCAAUUAAAUUAAUUUAUAAUUAAGAAAAAUUUAAGUAACUGACUUCUGAGAACUGUUUUAAAUAAAAUCAAAAUUAUUUGUAGACAUUUAAACAAAAUAUUCUAUUUUUUAAAUCAAUAUACUUUUUCAAAAAUUUCUAAAAGUAUAUGUACCUAAGCACAACGUUAGCUAACAGACAAAUGUCCGAACAAUAACCUAACUUGUUAAGUUAAAUAGAUGUCAAAGCUUUAACCGAAUGCUCUUCCAGAGGUCACAUCAUUAUGUAGCAGGCUACUCGGAAAUAGUCGGCAUUGAAAGAGAGACUUACUUGCUUAUCCCAAAAAUUUGAGCGAGAGGAUCUCUUUUACAAUGGUGGGGUGAUCUUCCUCGUCAAAAUGUGCAAGUGUGAGGUUAGUAUAAUGACACGUAUUCUGCGUGGACACACAGGAUUACGGUCACAACUAUACAAACAUUUAUUAAAUGAAAGCCUGAAGAACUUUCUUUGCUAUUGUCAGGCUUUAAGGCUCAAAGUAUACAAACAACGCCAAGGAUAAUUCUCUUGUCGUGAUACGAGGGUUUAAGUAAACAUCGUGACUAUAACUUACUAUGACUAAUGCUCCGGUAUCUAGCCAUUUUUAAGUUAUGGUUUUAAAGAAGCGUAAAACUAAAGGAUACUCAUAAGUGUGGUAUGUUCCUUCCAAUUCUACUUCUAAUUGUAAAGUAUUUGUCUAUUCCACGUACGCCGUCACUGCGUGGAUCGUCCGUCUAUUGAUGUCAGGAUGAAGAAGAGGAAAAUGUAAUAAACACCUUUGUCAUUGUUGUGCUUUAGAAAACAUUUGCUUAGAACCUUAAAGGAAAGCGAGUAUUUGACUAGAUAUAUAGUGCAAGUCUGAAUCAUCAGGAACCGUGAUUGAUUGAGUAUUUAGUCCUUAUUAACACACAAUCUCUCUCCUUCUUCUCUUAUACUCUCCACUGUACUUAAUAUUUCAUUCUCUUCUAUACUUCUAUUGCUUUUUUCUACUCUUAAGCAAUUUUCCGACCCUUUAAAGAAUAUAUUUAUAUAAUAUCUGGAUUUAUAUAGAUAUAGAAGUCCAUUAGACAUUCGAAAAGUUUUUUUAUUUAAAAUCCACAAAACCGAUUCAUAAUUAAUACGAAGGAAGAUCGUGGGGCGUCAUUAUCUCUAAAAGAUAAUCAGGCCGUCCUUUUUCCUCUGCCUUCGAGAGUUUUAGGUUUCACUAACGCAUUGGUUUAGUGUGUGAUGUUAGAUAACGGUACUGAGUUUUUCGAAUUUUACAUAUUGUUCCCUAUUCUGCAUUUCAAUUCGAAUCGAAAUUCUCUCCGUUUGGCAACUUUGGUGUUCUGCAUUUCGAUUCGAAACCGUCACAUAAACAACUUACAAAAACGUAAUUACGAUAGAAGUGCGGAAUACACACAAUCGUAAAGCAUUAAAACGAAAUGGAAUUGCUUCUUCUUUUUCUUGCGAUUCAUUUUUUUGUUGGAAUACCUUUUUUCGAUCAUUGCGUAACUGAAUGCGUAAACGUAAUCGAAAUGCAGAAUAAGAGUGAUUAACCAUUUGCAUUCGGAUUUAUAACCCAAAUUUUACUUUGAUACAUGAUGGAGUACCAUAGAAAACUCAUUGGAUUUUGGUAGAGACCAUAAAACUCAUUAGCUAAGUCUGAUCGGUCUGGCUCAGAUAUAGUUAAUGGAAUUUCUUGGAUGUUGCCCUAUGCUCGCUAUGUGCAGCACCAUUUAAAUUUUUAGAUUAAAUAAAUUAACAGAUUGAAAUUGGAUUAUAAUAAAAAGGUUGCAAAGAAAACUAUUAAAUAAUUAUUAGUAUCAGAAAUUUCUCAAAUUCAGUUAUAAUUUAAAGAUAUUUUGAUUAGAAUGUGUUAAUUGGGAAAGAUGCAGUCUAAGAUAAACCCGUGGGCAAGUUUUAUGCGAAAUAUAUGGUAAAACAGUUAUAUGUUUCAUUAAGAGCCAAUCUUUAGGUGAAGGAUUAGGGAUUAAAUUAAAAUUAAUCCUCGAAAGUCGUUUUUGAAUACUCAAUCAGCUAAUUUUGUUUGCUAGUUUAAGCGUCCAAUGGAGGUGGAUGGAACCGAUGCCAAAAAAAAAAUAAUACAAUUUUUGUUAAAAUAAACAUUAAAAUGUUUGAUUUAUCGAUAAGUAUAAAUUAUGGGGACUUCUUAAUAUAGCAUAAUAGCAGCCUUUUAUUAACAAUAGACAAUAGAUUUGACUACUUCGUUUAACAUUAAAAAACCUAUAAAGUAAUUAAGACUUUCUGAAAAAAUAUAUUAUCGAUAUAUACAACAACUAAGCAAUGAAAUAAAAUAAAUAUAAUUGGACAAUGGAGAUGUCAAAAAAGAUUUCCUAUAAAACCUGAAAAUUUUUGACUUGUAUUGGUACUACACUGAAAAUAAUCCAUGCUCAACUAUACGAAAAAAAAAAUUCCUAACUUGUAUUUCCGUAAUAUUUACAAAAAUUUCGUGUAUAAUACGAAAUAUUAUUUAAUAAAACCCUUU